AUGACAUCGAAUCCUAACUGGCCAGAAAUAAAACAGGCACUGCAAAUACAUUUAGAAGAUAAAAUUAUCCUGCAACAGCUUCCAAAAGAUCGUCCUGAUAUCGUGGCUCGAGUCGCUAAGUUAAAAUUUGACCAAAUAGUGGAAGAUUUAGAUAAAAAACAAGUCUUUGGAAAGGAAGUUACAUCUUUAGUAGAUGAUGGUAAACCAAAUUACCGACGACGCUACAAUCCGCAGUUGGACCCUCAUAGUCCGCAAUUUUCACACGAACGUGCAGUUUAUCGCAAAGACAUAAACGGUCGUCGUAUAAGACGAGAUAAUCGUCAUGUAGCCCCCUACAACGGAUAUUUAUUGAAAAAAUUUAAUUGUCAUAUUAACGUUGAUUCAGUCUUUACGCGUUCCUUGACCCGGGCAGACGUGUUUUUUUUUUCAACGCCGGUUAAAGUGAAGGCCAAGAUGGCGCGUGUGCUACUCGUGCUAUUACUGGUCGCGCUGGGAGCACCGGUCUACUUCGUCUUCUUCAAAAGUCCACCACCUCUACCAGAAAUUGAUUUGAACGAAUGGUGGGGCCCGGAGCAGAUGAAGACCAAGCAGGAUACCAGUUUGAAGCCGUUCAAAGUGAAAUUCGACGAAACGAUGGUAAAGGACCUCAAAGACCGCCUUAAAGCACAUCGUCCUUUCGUUCCUGCUCUCGAAGGUGUAGCCUUCGAAUACGGCUUCAACAGCAAACAAAUGAAGAGUUGGAUCAAAUACUGGUCUGAAGAAUACCCAUUUAGCGAGCGCGAGAAAGCCUUCAACCAGUACCCGCAGUUCAAGACCAACAUCCAGGGCCUGGACAUCCACUUCAUCAGGUUAAAGCCCCAGGUACCAGCUGGCGUGGAAACUGUCCCACUGUUGCUGCUCCAUGGAUGGCCGGGCUCGGUGCGGGAGUUCGAUGCUGCAAUCCCCCUCCUGACAGCUGUCAGCAAGGACAGAGACUUCGCGCUCGAGGUCAUCAUACCCAGUCUACCGGGCUAUGGUUUCUCCGAUGCGGCAGUACGCCCAGGUCUCGGAGUGGAUAAAAUAGCUGUGGUAUUCAGAAAUCUAAUGAACAGACUCGGCUUCAAGAAAUAUUAUGUUCAAGGAGGUGACUGGGGUGCAGUUAUCACCAGCAACAUGGUUACUAUGUUCCCUCAGGAGAUCCUCGGCUAUCACACAAAUAUGGCUUUCUCUAUGUCACCAAGAACGACUCUCAUCGAAACCCUCGGAGCCAUCUACCCGCCUUUAGUGGUGAGAUCCGAUCUGGUAGAUCGAAUGUACCCUAUGUCCAAAAUAUUCGGGACCCUUUUGGAAGAGAUGGGAUACAUGCAUAUUCAAGCAACCAAACCUGACACAAUUGGUGUAGCGCUCUCAGACUCCCCAUCUGGUCUCCUCGCAUAUAUCCUUGAGAAAUUCUCCACCUGGACAAAACCCGAAUACAAAUUAAAGGCCGAUGGCGGACUUACCAGCAGUUUCACCCGGGAACAGCUCGUCGACAAUCUCAUGAUGUACUGGGCUACAAACUCCAUCACAACUUCUAUGAGGCUAUACUCCGAAACUUUCAACAAGAGAUACUCAAGCCUGAGUCUUGAUGAGAUUCCAACACCGGUACCAACCUGGAUACUGCAAGCUAAGAAUGAGCUGGCCUACCUUCCGCCCUGGAUCUUGAAGUUCAAAUACAAAAACUUAAUCAACGACACCGUUUUGGACGACGGAGGUCAUUUCAUCGCCAUGGAAAUGCCUCAGGUCUUCUCAGAAGACGUUCUCAAAGCGAUAGCCGCUUUCCGAAAGUGGCACAAAGACAACAAUGUGAAGACUGAACUUUAA